UCCGAAAAAUGGCGUCCAAUUCGAAGAAUCACUAUUUGUCUGCGAUCUUGUGAUGAGAAUUACACCUUAAGAAACUCCGCGAUCUUGACAUUGCAGGCAACAACGUUGUCUUGGCUGUGCAUUUUACAUUAAGAUCAAAAACAGAGCUGGAUUGCAAAUAACAGUUAGCGCUUAAUUCGCUUGAAACAAAGAAAGAUCAAUCCCCAAUGGCUGCGAAAAGAGAGGAAACUACUUCAGGUGUUAAAAGUGCCCGGGUCAGACUUGACGUGUUGCUGAAAGAUCUCAUAAAGAAAACAGAGGAAAGUGGUGAGGGUGAAACAAGCUCUACACCAGGAAGUUCUGCAGCUUUUCAAAUGCCACCACCCUCAACACCAACCAAGAGAAGUGGUUCAGGAAAAACACCAAGGAAAAGACGCAAAAAAGAUGUGGGGUAUGAUGAUGCAGAUGGAAGUAGUCAGAACCGUAUCUUUGUCAUGAAGCUGUUUGAUCGCAGUGUGGAUUUUGCCCAAUUCAAUGAAGACACAACCUUGUAUGCCCUGGCUAGAGCCUGGAUGCAGAACAAGCCUUAUGGAACCAAGCCAUCUGAUUCUCAAGAGGGCAACCAAGAUGGUGAAUCUCCAACAAGCAGCCAGGAGAGUGUCAUGUCUUCUUUGUCCCAUAGUAAUGGUGACAGUGAUCCUAAGAAUGUUUACAGUUUUCCAGAUCCAGUGAAAUCAAUUGAAGACUUUAAGAUGAACAGUACUCUUUCAAAAGGAACACUUUCACUAGAUAUUCAUUAUGAUAUUGAUAAAGCUCCACCAGUGAGUGAUCUUAAAAGAAAUCACAUGGACAGGUGGAAGAAAGUCAAAUCCAAUUGGAAAGAUAGCUCGUUUAAAAGACAAGCCUGCUAUGCACCAAGUAUAAAAAAGAUACGAGAACUCUUUGAGCAUCAAUAGUCAAGAGAAUAAUGAUCUUAGACUGUCUAAAUUUAACGUUUUUUUUUUUGAAGAGUUCUUUUUAAUGUGCAAUGUAAAUGGGUAUGAAAAUAUACAGUGCACCACAAUUAGGUUGUACAUCUGUAUGUAUCAUCUUGUAUUAUACAUGGUCAUGUAGACUGCAGUCAUUCAGAACUUAAAGAACAGGAAGGUAAUGUGGAAAAAGCUUUAGAUUCAUCAGAAAUUAUGAACAAUAGCUGUAUAGGUUACAUGUAAGGCCUUGGUUUUUUCAUGUCUGAGAUAAGACAUGAUUCAUAAUUAUAAGAAGUUUGACAGAAGGAGCAUUUUAGCAUCAGAGAAGGGAGAAUUCUCCAGGUACUACUUGGAAUUUCCUAGCUAGAUCCUAAUCCUUUGAUCCCAAAGUGUGACUAGCAUCUAAUUAUUUUUCUUGUAAAAUAUUAUGGAAUCACACUGGUUAGAAUAAAGGAAAUGAUCAUAAAUUCAGAACGUUCUUGAUUGCUAGACAAAUUUUUCUUGUAAGCUCUGUGAAGAGUUACCUACACAAAUCCAUGCUAAAAGCUUUCAGAAACAGUAAACAAGUGAGAGCAUUUUAUACUGACUUGUCACUGCUCAAGGAAGUUUAUGUUAUGUUUUGCAAGCAUUUUAUUUUAAUGUAAGAUACUGAUCUUUAAGAUGCUCUGAAGUCAUAAUUUUGUAAACUACAACAAGCUGCCUCAUAAAAUGAUAACCAAACCAGGAAGCAUGGAAUAGACUUCUUAAAAUUAGUAAUAGAUUUAGAUUAACUGUCUUUCAUCUCACAAUGCUCUAUUUUCUUAUAAUAAAAAAAAUU